GUGGCCGAGAGUUGAUGCAAUGCCGUGCAAUUCACAAGCUGCCAAAUUUUGCCCUCCUCCCGAUCCAUGGCAUGUUCAUGAACACAAUGUGCAGUAUUCUGAAUCUCCACGGUGCAUUCUGGUGCUUAGAAAUCCUCAUCUGAACUCCAUCUUUAGCCUGUGGUUCUCGAUCGUCAUCUCCUCCUCGUUAUCCCUCGCCUCGGUUGACUAACGCACUAUUUAGCUUCUGGGAGACGACGCCUCGAAGCAUUGCACUCAUCUCUCUUCGGUGUUUUCCCCCUGCUCGACCUUGGGAUCCAGCUCCUUCACGAUGGCUUCCGUCGUCGCAUCUUCUGCUAUUGUGACCCCGGUCGCAGCUCUCGCUGCUUCCUCCACCACCAGGAGCUCCGAGAUUGUGUCCGUCAAGGCUGGUCUCAAGGCCGGAGUUUUGGGUGGAAAGACCGAAUGGCAAUCCAAGACCCAGACCAACGGCAGCCGAGUGUCCUGCAUGCAGGUGUGGGAGCCAUACAACAACCUGAGGUUCGAGACCCUGUCCUACUUGCCCCCUCUGAGCCAGGAUGCUUUGGCCAAGCAGAUCGACUACGUCAUCAAGUCUGGCUGGGCUCCCUGCAUUGAGUUCGACACCCAAGGAGCUGUGUCCCGUGAAGGAAGCACCAUGCCCGGAUACUACGAUGGUCGCUACUGGACCAUGUGGAAGUUGCCCAUGUUCGGAUGCACCGACUCUGCUUCAGUGUUGAGGGAGAUUGAGGAGUGCAAGAAGUUGUACGGACACAAGUGCUACAUCAGGUGCUUGGGAUUCGACAACACCAGGCAGGUGCAAUGCGCCAUGUUCAUCGUCCACCAGCCCACCGACAAGUAGAUCAUUGUAUGCUCUCUCAGGGCACUACAAAUUAGCCGACUUGAAAUUUUUUAUGUUUGAGAGAACGGGUCCAAGCAACUGUGAAUUGCCAGCUGAAUGCUUCGGACCGGGGACCUGAUGGUCCGAAAUGCAUAUGGCUACAGAGCCCAGAACUCAACGCGUCCUAACGAUGUAAUUCACGCUUUGAGUCUGCGGACCACGGUUCACUGUUUAAUAAAUUGGGAAAUCCCGCGAUUUUGAC